AUGGUAGUAACCGAUCUUCUUCCAGUGAAUAAACUCUUCAACAGCCAGAAAGUGAUUAUGCCUCUCAGUAAAGGCGCCAUUGCAACAUGGUCUGUGCUCAUCUAUUGGCAAGUGCGUGACACGUUAUCUUCAGUCACGCAAUGCCAAGGGGCAACCUACUCCAUUCAAAAUCGCGUCUUGACAGGUCACGCAUUUCGCACCAAGCCAUGUGCAACCAUGGAAUGUUGCGUGAUACUCUGCGGCGAGGAUCCCAAUUGUAAAAGCAUAAAUUAUUAUCGAAAAACAAAGACUUGUGAGUUGAAUAACGUCAGUGCUGUAGUGUCUCCUGAGAGCAUGGUGGACUUUGAAUUGUCAAUGUACAUGACCAAUGCCUUUUCACCCUGUCACCUUGACUUUGAAUGUGAAGGACAAGGGAGGAUAUGUCAGGUGAUGGAGGGCUGGAGCUACUGUAAAGUAUGUAUGGAGGCCCUUGGCCUGGAAGAUAAAAUAAUCCCAGAUUCAUCUAUAACUGCUUCAUCGGGAGCACAAGCCAGUCUCUUUCGUCUCAACUCACCUUCUGCUUGGGUUGCGGACCACAGUGACCCUGAGCCCUGGAUUCAAGUUGACCUCGGAAAGGACGCGGUGAUCAAGAAAAUCGCUACUCAGGGGAAGCUUGGUGCCUAUCAGUGGGUAAGGACUUAUACGCUUUCAUCACGUGCCAAUGGAGACACUGACUGGAUGGCGUAUAAAGAGAAGGACGAUGUAAAGGUAUUUCAAGGUAACAAUGAUCAGACAACAGUAAUUUCCCAUGUACUGCCACAGCACAUCAGGGCUCGUUUCGUCAGGUUCUGGCCUAAGACUUGGACCUAUAUAUACAGAGCCAUGAGGGCAGAGGUGUACGGCUGUUUCCUUCAGUAACUGCUUCGGUUCCAAUACGGUUAGAAAGGCAAAUUCGUAACUUUCAAUUGACCAGGAAAUGAAUUCAAACCACAAGUAGUUAGUACGUGCCGUUUUGUAAAGUAUUCAAGUAAUUAUA